UAUCUGGUAUUGUGCUGAAACGAAAGUUCGGAAGACAGCUCUUAACGUCUGUUGGAAUCUUAUCCAACCUUUACUGUCCUUAUUACCGCCAGUGCUGACAAUUACACGGACAAAAACAGCUGCUUGUCAAACCUGCGCUCGCUCCUGACACAUAACGUUAGUGCCGCCAUAGACAUAUAACGUUAUAACGUUAUGUCUGUGAGUGCCGCCCCCUUCACUUAGCAUAACUCGCUCAUUUCUCACAUCCAGCCGCACAGUAACGUCGGUAGCUGAGUUAGUUAGUUCGAAGAGAUUCGAAAAGCCGAGGGGCCAGGAUGAAAGAGGAUUAUUUGUGAGGAACGACUCCCAUCCACGUGCCAUGUCUCUGGUUUUCCCACGACCCAACACCAACGCAGUCCACGGCAAGAAGGAUAAGAGACUGAUGGCGGAAGUGAACGCAUCACCGCUCAAGCACUUUGUUACAGCAAAGAAGAAGAUCAACGGGAUCUUUGAACAGCUGGGGGCCUACAUCAGGGAGAGCGCAACUUUUCUGGAAGAUACUUACAAAAAUGAUGAGCUGGACCCGGUCACCACAGACGAGCAGGUCCAGGAGGUCCGGGGUUACCUAGCCAAGGUGGCAGGGAUUGGAGAAGUGCUCGCCCGCAGGCAUAUGAAGGUGGUCUUCUUUGGCAGGACAAGUAACGGGAAGAGCUCAGUGAUCAAUGCCAUGCUGUGUGACAAGGUGCUGCCGUCUGGAAUAGGACACACCACCAACUGCUUCCUGAGGGUGGAAGGCACCGAUGGCAAUGAGGCCUUCCUCCUCACUGAAGGUUCUGAGGAGAGGAAAAGCAUAAAGACGGUGAACCAGCUGGCUCACGCUCUUCACCAGGAUGAGGACCUGGAUGCCGGCAGUUUGGUCUGUGUCAUGUGGCCUAAAGCCAAAUGUGCUCUGCUUAGAGACGAUCUGGUGUUGGUGGACAGCCCCGGCAUUGACGUUACCACAGAACUGGACAGCUGGAUCGACAAGUUCUGCCUUGAUGCUGAUGUGUUUGUUCUAGUGGCCAACUCCGAGUCCACGCUGAUGCAGACGGAAAAGUCCUUCUUUCACAAGGUCAAUGAGCGGCUCUCCAGUCCCAACAUCUUCAUCCUUAACAACCGCUGGGACGCCUCAGCCUCAGAGCCUGAAUACAUGGAGGAGGUCCGGAGGCAGCAUAUGGACCGAUGCACCAAUUUCCUGGUGGAUGAGCUGGGCGUCGUGGACCGAGCCCAGGCCAGCGACCGCAUCUUCUUCGUCUCUGCCAAGGAAGUACUCCAGGCCCGUGGGCAGAAGGCUCAGGGAAUGCCUGAAGCAGGUGGCGCGCUUGCAGAGGGGUUUCAGGCCAGAAUGUUUGAGUUCCAGAACUUUGAGAGGCGAUUUGAGGAGUGUAUCUCACAGUCAGCAGUGAAGACCAAGUUUGAGCAGCACACAGUGAGGGCCAAACAGAUCUCUGAAGCCCUGCGCCGCAUUAUGGAUUCUGUACACAUCGCUGCACAAGAGCAGAGGGUCUACUGCCUUGAGACCAAAGAGGACCGUCAGGACAGAUUGGAGUUCAUAGACAAGCAGUUGGACCUGUUGACUAUGGACAGUAAGGCCAAGAUCAAGAGCAUUACUGAGGAGGUGGAGAAGCAGGUGUCUAACGCCAUGGCAGAGGAGAUCAGGAAGCUCCAUGUGCUGGUGGAUGACUUCCACAUGGACUUCCACCCGUCACAAGUGGUGCUCAAGGUCUACAAGAACGAGCUCCACCGGCACAUAGAGGAGGGUCUGGGCAAGAACAUGUCACAGAGGUGCUCCACCUCCAUCACCAGUGCCCUGCAGGCUACACAAACCGACAUGAUCGACGGUCUGAAGCCUCUGCUACCUAACCCGGUCAGAGAGCAGGUAGACAAGCUGGUUCCUCGUCAGUGCUUCAGCCUCAGUUAUGACCUGGCCUGUGACAAGUUGUGCAGUGACUUUCAGGAGGACAUCAGCUUCCACUUCUCUCUGGGCUGGACCAUGCUGGUCAACCGCUUCCUUGGGCCCAAGAACACCCGGCGGGCCCUCAUGGGCUACAAUGAACAGGUGCCUCGGCCUAUGGCCCUGACUCCGGUCAGCACCAGCAUGCCUCCAUUCCCACAAAGCUCCAUGACCCAGGAAGAGCUGAUGGUCUCCAUGGUGACCGGUCUCGCCUCCCUCACCUCCCGUACUUCAAUGGGCGUCCUUGUGGUCGGCGGCGUGAUCUGGAAGGCAGUGGGCUGGCGCCUGAUCGCCCUGUCAGUGGGUUUGUAUGGGCUCCUCUACAUCUACGAGCGCCUUACCUGGACCACGAAGGCCAAGGAGAGAGCCUUCAAGAGACAGUUUGUGGACUACGCCAGCGAGAAGCUGCAGCUCAUUGUCAGCUACACUGGAUCCAACUGCAGCCACCAAGUCCAGCAGGAGUUGGCGGGGGUGUUUGCUCAGCUCUGCCAGCAGGUAGAUGUCACUCGCCAGAACCUGGAGGACGAGAUCACAGACAUGAACAGCAAGAUCGAGCUGCUGGACAGCCUGCAGAGCAAGGCUAAGCUGCUGCGGAACAAGGCGGGCUGGCUGGACAGCGAGCUCAACAUGUUUACCCAGCAGUACCUUCACCACAGCAAGUAACGCAGACACUUGAGAGACUAACUCCCACCUGAGGAACAUUUGGUACAACAGAGUUCUCAGCACAACAGGAGAAACCAAUGUCUGGUAUGAGGGGGCGGAGUUACUGGGUGGUUGUGAUUUGGAUAUGUGGACAUGAGUUCAGGGUGGAAUUCUGUUGUCAGCUUGGGACUAAAAUAAAACAUACAAACAGGAUUGGCCAUUAAAUAGAAGUCUCAACACAAAAAAAGGUUUAAGCAUGAAAUGGAGAACUGAUGCUCAUUCCUGUCUAUUUAGCACUUGUUCAGUUGUGAUGAUGCCCAAUAGAGCUGACUCCAGAACAGCAGUACAGUCUGAGCUCUCCCUGUAUCCUCAUCAGCACUGUUGAGUGAGCUUUUGUCAGAAACGCCACACUGUCCUUUAAAUUCGGUUCAAGCUGCCACAUUGAACUAGUGUAGAUUUGAUUUUGUAUAUACAUUGUGAACACUGGACAAGUGCCAUGCUGAAGUAAAAGGCAGUCCGCACGAGGCAAUGAAGAAAGUGUCUUAUGUUAGUAGGAUGAUGCAAUGAACCGAAGACACAGUAAUUUAUUAUUAAAGAUUUAUUCCUCCAGUUGUAGCUUUUCCAGAGAAUUAAUCUCAGUUAAACAGCAAAGCAGAAAAUAUAAGAUUGCUUGUUUUGGUGUCUUAGUCCAUAUUUUUCCAUGUGCAAAGCCAAACCUACAAUGUCUCAGUCCAUCCUCACAGAUAUAGUUUGUUUCUAUAGUUUUUAUCAAACAAACAAUAGGAAAUGGUGCAUUUAAUGGACUAUAGCAGCAACCAUUGAGCUCUAUGGCACAGAGGAAUAAGAAUAAGAUGAUUUACUGAUACAUUCAGUGUCGGUUUGAGACAAAUAUUGAAUAACACCAGACUGAUUCUUUAACUGGAUCCUUCUGUAAAAGAUUUUAUUCUGUUGCUGCAUUUAACAUUUCUACGUAAAAAGAUUAGGACCAAAAUCCAAAAAUAAUUCUUAUUUUAAUCUCAUAAUUUGACUCUGCAUUCUAACUUUAAGGACAUCCUCCAAAGGUUAUCAUAGUACUUAAAGCAUCCCUGAAUCUCCAGAGGCUGUCUGAUAAAUCUAUCUAGAACUGGCGUUUGGUUUGUCCAUUCUGGGCUACUGUAGAAACACAGCAGUUCUCAUGUUCAGAUGACUAUACACUACUGAAAACAUUUCUUCCAAUAUAUCUUCCUCAAUGUUAGACUGUUGUGGCACUAAAAUUAUAUGAUAUGUAUGAGGUCAUUUAGAAGCAGUGUGUCCACCAGGGAGCGCCGGAGUUUAAAAUGUCCCACUCAGCACAUAUCUUUUAAUAACCAAAUUUCAGUGAUUCUUAUCAAGAAAUAUUUACUUUACAUUUACAUAAAGUGACUCAGCUCAUGUAUCGGUAUCACUUUUGGGAAACUCACUAUCAGAAUGAGCCUAUAAAAUUAAUGGGCAUGUUGGAAACAGAAUCAGGGUGUGCUACUUUAUUUUCAGCUUUCAGAGCUCAGAACUUCUUUCAUGUGGUCCUAAUAGACUUCCAUACAUAUGGAAUGAACCCUCCUUCACCCAAACUACAUUUUAGAGAACAAUGUUUUUAACGUCAGUGCUGUCAAUGGCUGCCGCAGUGUCUUGUGUAUCUUCUAUCUUGUGUGCGUUUAACAUUAUUGUCUUGCACUGAAUGCAUAUGUGGGUGGGCUCUCUCACUGCUUCUGUCAAUAUCACACAUGGUUUGACUUGAAAAGGAAGAGGUAGGGAUCUGGAUAUGAUGGGGAUAUGGAAGGGUACAUUUGGUUUCUAAAAUGUGUAUAUAAUGUAAUUUAAUAAAUUGCCUUUCAAUUGGAAACAAUGGGAAACCGCUCAACGAGACGAAUGAGCCUGGAGUUGUCCAGUGUUUAAAAGUGGUGGUUGAUCAGGCCGUGCUGUAAACGCAAGCCAUACACUGUGUGUUGCCAAGUGAGCAGAAAGGCUGCUGUACAACACUUCCUUCAGAGUGAGAACUUGCACUUUAUCAAUUUGCUGCUUUUGGAUUUCUUUUGUUGUUUCUUUUUAGAUAAAGGGUGUUUUCCCCAAAUUGUAAACCACAAUGUAGUUGUGUUAGGCUUUAGGAAGGGUGAAGUACCUGCAUGAAGUGGCUGUUGUAGUCGUCCUGUUAAAAUGUUCAAAUGUGUAUGUGUGUAAAAAAUAAAAAAUAAAGGUGACACAAUGCUAAAAAAGAUUA